GGAGGCGGCGCAGUGCGCCUGCGCGGCAGCGGGGCGGGAGAGGGCGGCCGGGCCCAGGCCUGCAACAUGCCCUACGCCAACCAGCCCACCGUGCGCAUCACCGAGCUCACCGACGAGAACGUCAAAUUCAUCAUCGAGAACACCGACUUGGCAGUGGCCAAUUCCAUCCGGAGAGUCUUCAUCGCCGAGGUGCCCAUCAUAGCUAUUGAUUGGGUCCAGAUAGACGCCAACUCCUCAGUGCUUCAUGAUGAAUUCAUUGCUCAUAGGCUUGGGCUGAUCCCUCUCACCAGCGAUGACAUCGUGGACAAGCUGCAAUACUCCAGGGACUGCACCUGUGAAGAGUUCUGCCCCGAGUGCUCUGUGGAAUUCACUCUCGAUGUCCGCUGCAACGAAGACCAGACUCGCCACGUGACGUCUCGGGAUCUCAUCUCCAACAGCCCCCGCGUCAUUCCGGUGACCUCUCGGAGCAGAGACAAUGAUCCCAACGAUUACGUAGAGCAGGAUGACAUCCUCAUCGUCAAGCUUCGCAAGGGGCAGGAGCUGCGGCUGCGGGCCUACGCCAAGAAGGGUUUCGGAAAGGAGCAUACUAAGUGGAACCCCACCGCGGGGGUGGCCUUCGAGUACGACCCGGACAACGCCCUGAGGCACACGGUCUACCCCAAGCCGGAGGAAUGGCCAAAGAGCGAGUACUCUGAGAUCGACGAAGAUGAAGCCCAGGCCCCCUACGACCCCAACGGCAAGCCGGAAAGGUUCUACUACAACGUGGAGUCCUGCGGCUCGCUGCGGCCCGAGACCAUCGUCCUCUCGGCUCUGUCUGGUUUGAAGAAGAAGCUAAGCGAUCUCCAGACCCAACUGAGCCACGAGAUCCAGAGUGAUGUCCUGACCAUAAACUAGACUCAACCCCUUCCAGCUGGGUGCAGUCACAGGGUGCCGCCAUCGUUAAGCGGGAACUACCCAUUUCUCCUCCCCCUAAGUUUCACUAGUACCCCAGUGAAGAUGGGCUAGGUAUAAGUCCCAACUCUUUUAUAAUCCUGCAUGAAUGGCCCCAGAACUCUCCCUGUGGCUGGAGCAUUAUGUGGCCUGAGUGAUGAAUCCCUCUUAGGGCUGGAACCCAGGAAUCUACUUUUAACCCUGAAGAUGGGCUGAUGCGCUUUUGUAAAGGUGCCCGACUAGCUGGGAAAUUUUGCAUCAUUUCCCUCACAAUGAGUAACCUUCAGUGGGUGGAGGGGUCCGUGGCCCAGAUCACCGGUCAGUUUAAGCCUCGUCUUGCCAGGGUGAACCCCGGCUUUUCCUCAGAAGCCCUUUAUCCUGACCCCAGUGUGUGCUAGGGUUACCGAUCUCACGCUGAGACCUCUGGCCCUCACUCCCACCCGCCUCCUAAAGAGAUCAGGACCACGUUAGGGAAGAUAUUUGAUAAAACAGACCGCCCCUCUGGCGCAGGGAAUGUUUUUCUGAUUUUUGGAAAAGAAAUACUGUCAUCUCACGGAGGAAGGAAAUUGCUUCCUUAAUGAAGAUGAUGGACCCUGGCUGCACUAGGUUUCAUCACACAGUCCAAGCUGGAAGAUGAAGAGAAUCAACACCACGAGAGUACAGGUCCUUUAUUGAGUGAGCAGGUUUGGGGGGUGGGGAGGUUUGUCUUUUUAUUUAAUAAAAAUCGUUUUGGCAAUAAA